GCUUGUCCGUUGUCUUUGAGCUGUGAUAAAACAAACUUGUCUUGUAUACGUAUACACUCGUUUAAAGUAAAGAAGACAAAGCCCAUACACGAAAGCAACAAGGAUCACCCGUCACUACCACCCCUAAAAACCAGCCAAAAUGAAGACCUCUGCCGUCAUUGUUGCCGCCUACGCUGCCGCCGCCGCAGCCUUGCCGUCGUUUUCGUUCCACUGGGUCAACAGCACCAGCGUCAGCAGCGUCAACAGCACCAGCAUCCCCGGCAACGUCACGGCCAUUACCAACUCAACUGCCAUUGCCAACUCAACAUCCGGCGCCGGAGCCUCUUCUGGCGUCUCCAGCAUCAGCGCAGUUGGCGGUGACAGCGCGACCGCUCCUUACUACACCAACGACACCAGCGCCAGCAACGUCACGUACCUUGGCGGCGGCAACGAGACUCACUUCUCGCCCAACCGCACUCACCUCCCCGUUCCUGUGCGCCGUUUCCGGGCUCAGCGAAAGGCUCUUGUCUAAAGUUGUCUUUGCUUAUACAACAAAUAAGUUGAUACCAACGAUGACUGUGAUAUAAGAUUACGAGGUUCAAGGUCUUAAAAAAAAACUUUCUUUUUUUUUCUUUCGCAAUUUUUCGAAAAAAAGACCGACGAUUUUUACAACAUUAUGAUUUAUAAUUGGUUUGAAGAAGACACGCGCCAAUGAUGGAAAGAUGGGCUGUUUGUAUGCUUUGAUGUUGAAUUGAUUCCCCGCCACUUUCGUUUAUAUAUAUAGAAAGGGAAAUGCUUCAUGGCUAUUUGAAUAUGACUUUUACUAUAGAAAAAUAAACAUUUUAUAUAUUACAUUUGAUAUACCGC